AUGUGUACGGAGGAUGGGUUGAUAUGGCUAUGCUAUUUAACUAGAAUCUUUUUCUACUUGUCUCAUCAUUAUGACGUGCUGGAAAAAGAUUGUCAAUUUAUGGAUAACAAAGAACCUGGUAAGGAGAUUUCUGAGGACAUGACUCGGGAGUCGCUCAUCGCCCUCUCUUACUGGGUACCCGAAACAGGACUUAAUGCCGAAGACUCGCCUAAGAAUUUGGACAGUGAGGAAGCUGUUCAACCUCUAGAUUGUGAUGUAGACGAUAAAUAUAGGUCUAAACUGAUCUCUAUAUCCUAUUCACAAUCACCAGAUGGGAAGGUCCGACCAGCUUUGCCGGUGCAACUUGCGGGUUAA